AUGAACAAAAAGUGCAGAGAUGUUGUCGACUCGAUGUAUAUUAACCCAUACAAACUGUCAUAUUACAACUCUGUGGAAAAAAUACAAAAAUUGUUUCCAGCGCUUCAAACAUUAUAUUUAACAGACUUGAUCACCAAAAACAGAAAAUUGCAGACAGAAGUGACACACCUUGAAAUCGACUUUUUGUCGUGUUCAAAAACCUUUUCUUUUUAUACAAUUCAAUCAAAAAACAUCAUUGAAAAAAUCAGAAAACUCCGAAUCAAAUUUUACAACUUGGACUGCUUAACAAGCGACGUAGAGAUGUUUCAGAACCUCCAAGUUCUAUUUGUUGACCUUUCAAUGUUCACAGCAAAUGCAAACAAUCGACUUUUCGAAAUGAUUGGUCACAGGACUUUGAGAAGAGUCAUUUUGACAAUUUAUGCAAGUCAACUUGAGGUCCUUUCCAAGUUCGAUUAUUCGAAACACCCAUUAACAGAAUACGUCUUUAUUGUAAUUAAAAUGGAUCUUGAUAAUAUGAACGAAAAUUUCAAAGUAACACAAAAGAAAUUGCAGUAUAGAAAUGUCAAAUUUUAUUGCACCAUUCUUACUGAUUUAUUCGAUUUCGAUUUCAUCCCAACAGGUGUUUUACAAAAUAGUUUCUAUAAUGUCUUUGUUACACAUUUCUCUGAUUUUGAUGAAAAUGAUGAACCAUUCUCUCGUGAUGCAUUAAACCGCGACCAAAUUCUAGUGGAUUCAUAUUGCGAUAAAUGUGACAGUGCAGUCACUGAAGUUCUCAACAAGUGUUUACUCAAUAAUGUUGUUCUGAAAAAUUACAACAAAAAUGACAUUCAAAAUAUUCUAAAAGGAUAUUUAAAAGGAGUGUCACAUCACAAACAAAUUCUGAAUUUUGAGACCACAACCAUUCGAACAAUUUCCAUGUUCAACGUUAUAGUUGAGAAAGUUGUGUUACCCCAAAGUGUCAAACACCUUACUAUAGAAAACGUGUAUGGUAAUGUGUAUUUGGACGACUGUGUUUUAGAAAUGCUUGAUAUUAAAAAUUACAAUGGAAGGGCGCUUGUCAUUAACAACACUGUAUUGAAUGAUUUUUCAUUAACUAAUACACAGAAAACGUGUGUUUCUUUCAUUCACAAAACAAGUCCAAGUAGUGUUGAAAUUACUGAUAAAAUGGUGUUAAAUUGUGAUGUUAUAAAAAGUUUUAGUGUUUCUAAUUAUGACCCCUUUGAUUUUAUCGUUGAGAGUGAUGAAUCGGACGUGAAGUGUGAAUUUGUUGCUAAAGAAGUGAAUUACAAUGGUAUUUUGAAACGUGUGUAUAUCAAUAGUUAUGUUGGAAAUGCCGACUUGUCUUUCUUUGAAAUUAAAUCAUUUGAUUUGAGGCAACCAGAAUUGAAUGAUAACACAAAGGUAUCACUUACACUUGGAAAUGUGGAGGAAGCAACCUUUUCAAAUAUGAAUUUCGAGAAACUUGAAUUGGGAAUUGUUGUGAAUUUGGAAAUGUACAGCACACGUGUUACAUCUCUUGUUGCAAAAUAUUUAUACACUUUUGGAUAUCAAAAUUCGACCUUUGAAAACAUAAAAGCACACACAAUUGGUAAAAUUAUUGGUCUUAAAGACGCAAUUAAAAAUUUGGAGGUUGAAAAGGAAGUUGGAAAAUUCGUUCUUAAAAUACAAGGACGUUUUGAUCAUUUUUAA